AUGCCGCUUUCAAGCAGCUCCACAUCCUCCACCAAGAGCAUCCGCAGGGCUGCAUCCGAGCUGGAGAGGUCCGACUCUGUCACGUCUCAAAGGUUCCUGGGCAGGCGGCAGAGCUUGAUCGAGGACGCGCGUAAAGAGAGAGAAGCUGCCGCAGCAGCGGCAGAAGCGGCGGAGGCGAGCGAGCAGAUCGUGUUUGAGGAGGAUGAUGGAAAAGCUCUGCUCAACAUCUUCUUCUGUUUAAGGAGCUCAAAGACGCAGGCUCUGUCACGGACGCUCAAAGUUUUCGAGACAUUUGAGGCUAAGAUCCAUCACCUGGAGACGCGGCCACACCGGAAGCUCAAGGACAGCCUGGAGUACUUUGUCCGCUGUGAGGUCCACCUGUCAGACGUCAGCACUCUCAUCAGCUCCAUCAAGAAGAACGCAGAGGAUGUUAAAACCACCAAAGAAGUCAAAUUUCAUUGGUUUCCAAAGAAAAUCGCAGAUUUGGACAAAUGUCAUCAUCUGGUCACAAAAUUUGAUCCAGACUUGGACCAAGACCACCCUGGCUACACAGACCCUGUUUACAGACAGAGGAGGAAGAUGAUUGGAGACAUUGCCUUCAGAUACAGACAUGGGGAGUCAAUUCCCAGAGUGGAGUACACAGAGGAGGAGAUCGGCACAUGGAGGGAAGUGUACUCCACCCUGAGGGACUUGUACACCACCCAUGCCUGCAGUGAAUACCUCGAUGCCUUCCGUCUGCUUGAAAGGCAUUGUGGGUACAGUCCAGACAAUAUUCCCCAGCUGGAAGACGUGUCAAACUUCCUGAAAGAGCGUACAGGGUUUAUUCUGCGUCCAGUCGCAGGUCUCCUCUCAGCCAGAGAUUUCCUGGCCAGUUUGGCUUUCCGAGUUUUUCAAUGCACCCAGUAUAUCCGACAUGCCUCCUCUCCUAUGCACUCCCCAGAGCCUGACUGUGUUCAUGAGCUGUUGGGACAUGUCCCCAUGCUGGCUGAUCGUACUUUUGCCCAGUUCUCACAGAACCUUGGACUGGCAUCACUUGGAGCAUCAGAUGAAGAUAUUGAGAAACUGUCCACACUUUACUGGUUCACUGUGGAGUACGGCUUGUGCAAACAGAACGGUGAGGUGAGGGCGUACGGUGCUGGACUGCUGUCAUCUUACGGAGAACUUGUGCACUCGCUGUCUGAUGAACCUGAGACAAGGGAAUUUCAUCCUGAAUCUGCCGCCUUGCAGCCCUAUCAGGACCAGAACUACCAGCCUGUCUACUUUGUUUCUGAGAGUUUCUCUGAUGCCAAGGAGAAGUUCAGGGCAUACGUGGCAGGUAUCAAGCGUCCCUUCUCAGUGAGGUACGAUCCGUUCACCAGCAGCAUAGAAGUGCUGGAUAACCCGCUGAAGAUCCAAGGCUGCCUGGAGGGUUUGAAGGACGAGCUGAAGGUGCUGACAGACGCCCUCAGUGUUUUGUCAUGA